AUGAAAUCGGAAUCGCGCCUCUCCACACGCAUCUCGCUCCGAUGGCCUCCAGCGCCCCCCUUCGAGAACACGGAUACCAUCGUCCUAUCAGUCAAGGAUUGGUACGUCGAUCUGCGCGUUGACCGGUCGAAUCCCCGCACCCCCAGCGUCGACUGGGCCAUAGCCGGACAACGACUCAUUGAGAGUCGAGAACCACACCGGGUUCUUUUCACUCAUGAGCUUGAUUCCCGUGACUCCUUCGAGGAGACGGACUGUGGCACGUUCACCACCUUGCCCAACGGUGACGACUUGGAGAAGGGCACUAUGCCCCGCCCCGAUGUACCGGGGAAUCCACUCGCGAAGUACGAGGAGGUCUGGCGCACUCUGAAGUUCCCCGAGGGCCCCGAGGGGAGGAUGCAAGGCAUCUCGUGGAUUCUGGAGUCAGAGUCGUCCGUGUCGCAUACGGAUACGCAUGCACAGAACGGCAACGGAAACGGAACCCAGGGAAAGGAACGCGUGCAGGUAACCAAGACCUUCCUGGGACGGAUCUGGGGCGUUUACGUCGCACUUAGACAGCAGCAGGGGUAUACCCGGUACAAGAACAAGGAUGGCAAGUGGGUGAUUUCCGACCGGACCGGUGGCGAUGUGAGUGUGAGGCGUGAGGAGUGGGUUCGUUCUCGUUUGAUUUCUACUUCAUAUCAUAAUUCCUCUUCUCCAUCAUCUUCUUCGUCAUCAUCUCUUUCCCAGCCAUCUGGAUGGCGGGAACGGUAUGUUUUGGGCCCCGAUGCAGGGAAUCUGCCUUCGUUGAUAGCUGGGCUGGAAGGCGAGGGACAGGGGCCGUGGAGGGUGAGGGGCGAGAAGGUGAUGGUCGGAGGGGAACGCUAUAUUGUUCGUGCUUUUGAGGCUGUAGAAUAG